AAAUGAUGUGCCUGAGAAACCUGCGCUGAGAACUUAACACACAGAGCCGCAGCUCCCUCCAUCCAGCUGGGUUUCUCUGAGACUUCUGUGAGAUAUGCAGCUCAGUUCAUUGCCAGACAGACAAGUUUCCACCGUCUGGAUGCUACAACGACAAAUUACUGAACUGAUUUUUGCUGAUGUUCUUCAUGGUUUGGAUCCCAAGGUGAGAAGAACAUAAGGAGACAAGGAUUUAAGAAAUAAGAAAAAGGAGAAUACAUUCCAUCAUAGCCCCUGUGGAGCUCCAGCAGGGACGAGACUAACAGCUGUGUUACCAAAUCGUGGAAAAAGGCAGAGCUGCAAGGGAUACGCAGGAAUGUGGCCUCUGAGAAACUUACCCUGGCUCUUUAUUCCCCUGUGUGCAGUGGCUGUGUGUGCAGAUGGUAAAAAGAUGUACAACCGAACCACAGAAAUGUGUCAUCAUCCUUGCGAUGAGCUGCUGGAUAUGAUCACUGAAAUUCACGGUCUACGUAUCGUGACAAACAACUUGCUGGAAGAUCUGGAAAGAGUAUCAAAAGAAAAUGAAGAGAUGCGUAUAUCCUUGGCUGAGUUGAGUAAUGACAGCAGCAGAGGUGAGACGGACGAGGAAGACAACUAUCUGGACAGGGACAGGGACGGAGAAGUGUGGUGCAUGCAGGAUGGACGGGUGUACGAGCAGGGGGACGUCUGGGAGGUUGACAGCUGCACCUCCUGCUCCUGCCAGGAUGGAAAGGUAGUAUGUCAGCAGGUACUCUGUCCCCCAGUAUCCUGCAUCAACCCGUCCAUUGUUGAUGGAAAAUGCUGCCUUGCUUGUCUAGAAAAGGAAGAUGGCUGGUCGCCAUGGUCUGAGUGGACCCACUGCUCUGUCACUUGUGGACGUGGGGGACAGCAACGUGGUCGAUCCUGUAAUGGCAUUAGCGGGUGCGCGGGGCCCUCGCUUCAAACCCGCAGCUGCUCACUGAUAAAGUGCGACCGCAAGGCACGAGCAGAUGGGAACUGGGGCCUUUGGUCUCCUUGGUCUGCAUGCACAACCACAUGCGGGGAAGGUAACAUCACACGGAUCCGUCUGUGCAACAAUCCUCCACCAUCGAAGGGAGGCAAGGGAUGCACAGGAAACACCAGAGAGACAAAACCAUGCUACAACACACUCUGCCCCGUCACAGGAGGCUGGACAGCCUGGAAUGAGUGGUCGCAAUGCUCAACUUCCUGUGGUGGAGGCCUUAUGAGCCGCCAGCGGGAGUGUCUGAACCCAGCUCCUCAGAAUGGUGGGAAACCUUGUGCUGGGGAAGCCACAGACUACAAAGCCUGUAACAAACAGCCAUGUCCUGUUGACCUGUGUGUUCUUUCAAAUCCAUGUUUUCCUGGGGUAAAAUGUACUUCAAAGAUAGAUGGAUCUUGGGAAUGUGGACAUUGUCCUGUUGGUCUGAAGGGGAAUGGCACACACUGUGAGGAUGAGAAUGAGUGUGAAGUGGAUGGGUUGUGUUUUAUAAAAUGUGUGAACACAGAUCCUGGUUUCUACUGCCUUCCCUGUCCUCCUCGAUACAAAGGAAACCAGCUGUAUGGCAUAGGGCUGCAGGAAGCCAUGAAAACCAAACAGGUGUGUGAACCAUAUAAUCCCUGUAAAGACAACACACACACUUGCCACCCGUUUGCUGACUGCAUUUACCUGGGUUUGGCAUCAGAAGACUUGUUUAAGUGCUCAUGUGCUGUUGGCUUUGCCGGAGAUGGCUCAGUGUGUGGAGAGGACUCUGAUCUGGAUGGUUGGCCAAAUGAGAGACUACCCUGCAAGCACAAUGCCACCUAUCACUGCGAACCGGAUAACUGCCCCAUGCUGCCAAACUCUGGACAGGAAGACUUUGACAAGGACGGACAGGGGGACGCUUGUGAUCCUGAUGAUGACAAUGACAACAUCAUGGACGAUAGGGACAACUGCCCAGUGAUGUUCAACCCUCGACAGUUUGACUCUGAUGUGGAUGGGGUCGGGGAUUCCUGUGAUAACUGUCCUUUUGACAGCAACCCUAAGCAGACGGACACCGAUGGCAAUGGAGAAGGAGAUGCCUGCAGCAUUGACAUAGAUGGAGAUGAGAAACUGAAUGAGCAUGACAACUGCCCUUAUGUGUACAACUCUGACCAGAGGGACACAGACCUGGAUGGUGUCGGAGAUCAGUGCGACAACUGUCCUCUUCUUCACAACCCCCUGCAGCUCGACUCUGACAGUGACCUGGUGGGGGACAUGUGCGACAACAACAAUGACAUCGAUGAGGAUGGACAUCAAAACUCUCUGGACAACUGUCCCUACAUUGCCAAUAGCAACCAGGCAGACCAUGAUAAGGAUGGAGAGGGAGACGUCUGUGACCCCGAUGAUGACAACGAUGGAAUCCCAGAUGACCGGGACAAUUGUAGACUGGUUCCCAACAGGGACCAGCUUGACUCAGAUGGUGAUGGCAGUGGGGACGCAUGCUUCGAUGACUUUGACAAUGACAGCAUUCCAGAUGCACUGGAUGCUUGUCCUCUGAACCAUGAUAUUGGGGUGACAGACUUCAGGAAGUUUCAGGUUGUUUUGUUGGACCCUAAAGGAACAACACAGUCUGACCCCUUAUGGAUAAUCCGAAGUCAGGGAACAGAGCUGCUGCAGAAAGCCAACUCUGACCCUGGGAUUGCAUUAGGCUAUGACAAGUUUAGUGCAGUAGACUUCAGUGUGACAUUUUACGUUAACACCAACCGUGAUGACGACUAUGCAGGGACUGUGUUUGCUUAUCAGUCCAGUCGGCGGUUCUACGUUGUCAUGUGGAAACAGGUGUCUCAAGGUUACUGGGAGCAGAGGCCCUCAAAAGCUUUUGCCACAGCUGGACUGUCAAUAAAACUCGUCCAUUCUAGCACAGGGCCGGGGGAGUACCUACGCAAUGCUCUGUGGCACACUGGAAACACAAGACACCAGGUCAGAACAUUGUGGCAUGACCCCAAUAAAAUUGGCUGGAAGGACUACACAGCAUACCGCAUGCACCUUACACAUCGACCCAAGACUGGGUUUAUCAGGGUGGUUGUGUAUGAGGGUAGAGGGAUUCUGGCUGAUUCGGGAGCAGUUUAUGACCACACCCUGGCUGGAGGCAGACUGGGGCUGUUUGUCUUCUCUCAGGAACAAGUUAUCUUCUCAGACCUACGAUACGAGUGCAGAGACAACUGAAGCACUUUUUGGGAUGCUGCAGCACAGCAAACAGCCAGAGAACCACAACAAUAAAAACAAGGACUUUUAUAAGAGGGCAAGGGAGAUAACAGAGGAUGCACCAGGCCUUUAUCCUACCAUCACUAUCAGUUAGUGACCAUAUUCUAUCUAUCUGUCAGCUUUUUAUGCAACAGUAUCGAUUAAAGACUCUCAUUCAUUGUAUAUUACUCCUCUGGCUGCAUGUCUAAUGACACCUUUUGUUGCUUUUAUUUGCACCUUCCUAGUGGCUGUAAAUAAUUAUUUAUUAUGAAAGGCCAGACAUACAACAGGCGAAAAUACUGACAGAGCAAACUGAGGACAUGUUUGGUGGUAACUUAUCAAUAAAAACCGUGUUUUUUUGAUCAA